AUGGAAAUCGCCGGAAUUUUCUUCAUCAUCAUCCUCGCCCUCGGCGUCAUAGGAUCCCUCAGCGUCCUCUGCGCCUCUCUCUUCUCCCUCGUGCUGAAGAGCUCCUCCAGCAAGUAUCAGGCCGCCGCUAGCACCCAUGCUCCCCGAUUCAACCAUCCCGUGACGACCCCCUACCCCAAGGACCCCAACUUUAUCCACACCGAGACCGCGCGCUCGCGCACCAGGAGAUUCGGGGCUGCCAAGACGCUGGUUGUCGUGACUUCGAUCCUCGCCUUCUUGCGCGUCACCAUCACCAUCAUCGCGAUCUUUGCCAAUGUCCCCGGCGACCUGCUGUCCUUCUUGGAGAUCGCCACCAAGUGUUCUCUCUAUACCGCCUUGAUCGUCCUCAAGCGCCAGUUUUCCCCGCCCAUAAGAAGGGAUGGACUCUUGUG